GAAGCUAGGCGGAAGUAUAUUGGACAUGAUGCACUGUUUGCAGCGAACAUUUUCAAAUUCACCUUUUGGAUGUGCAUAUGAUAGAACAAUAACUGGAUAACGCUGUUUAUUGUUACAGUAAUUAACACAUAUCUAGAAACAAUUCUGCUAUAUGUAGAAAAGAAAAUCAUCAGUUAUGAGUUUCUUUGGUUUCGGCCAAAGUGCUGAAAUCGACAUUGUACUGAAUGAUGCGGAAACAAGAAAGAAAGUGGAACACAAAACCGAGGAUGGGAAGACGGAUAAAUAUUUUCUUUUCUAUGAUGGAGAGACGGUGGCUGGAAAGGUCAACAUUACUCUCAAAAACCCCGGGAAGAAGCUCGAACACCAUGGCAUCAAGAUCGAAUUUAUCGGACAGAUUGAACUGUACUAUGACAGAGGGAACCACCAUGAGUUUGUGUCUGUAGUGAAGGACUUGGCCCGCACAGGGGAACUCACCCAAUCCCAGACCUUUGACUUUGACUUCACGCAUGUAGAAAAGCCUUAUGAGUCGUACACUGGCCAGAAUGUCAAAUUACGCUAUUUUUUGAAGGCAACGUUAAGCCGAAGACUGAAUGACACCAGUAAAGAACUGGAUGUUGUUGUGCACACGCUCAGUACCUACCCAGAACUGAACUCCUCAAUCAAGAUGGAAGUUGGAAUCGAAGACUGUUUACACAUUGAGUUUGAGUACAACAAAUCAAAAUACCACGUUAAAGAUGUGAUUGUGGGAAAGAUCUUCUUCCUGUUGGUGCGGAUCAAGAUCCGACACAUGGAAAUAGACAUCAUCCGGCGUGAAACGACAGGAGCGGGCGCGGCCGUGUACCACGAGAACGACACCAUCGCCAAGUACGAGAUCAUGGACGGAGCUCCGGUGAGAGGAGAGUCGAUUCCCAUCAGGCUGUUCCUGGCAGGCUACGAGAUGACGCCCACCAUGAAGGACGUGAAUAAGAAGUUCUCCGUGCGCUAUUACCUCAACCUGGUCCUGAUCGACGACGAGGAGCGCCGCUACUUCAAACAGCAGGAGAUCUCUCUGUGGAGGAAGGGCGACAUCGUGAGGAAGAGUCUGUCUCAGCAGGCGGUCCUGGCUGCCCAGCGCUACGAGGGUUCCUCCAGAGCAGAGGAGGCCCUGGCUCCUGACCAUGACAGCUGAGCCACAACACACUCCAUCUCCUUGUGUGUGUGUGUGUGUGUGUGUGGUAAAUGUUACAUAUUUGGUGUUCAACUGAAUUAUUACUGGAGUGAAACAAACAGAUGGCCUUCCAGUAUUUGUGUCUUAAAAAAAAAGAAGAAAUUUAACUUUUCCGGGUUCUUGAUUUGUUCGUUUGUUGUUUUCAGGUUAAAUACUAAACUUCCAGCUAAAUUUCCAAAACACAACAACCUGCAUCCUGCAGCGACUUGUUGAAAUUUGCUGCAGCAGAUUAGGUCUCUGUCCUCAGCAGCUUCAUAGUUGGAAAACUAAAAUCCAGCGGAGCAGGGCUGUUCACCAGCAGGGCUGUUCACCAGCAGGGCUGUUCACCAGCAGGGCUGUUCACCCGCAGGGCUGUUCACCCGCAGGGCUGUUCACCAGCAGGGCUGUUGUCUGCUGGGUACCAAGGAGUCAGGUCAGUCCUGCUGUGAUGCUGUGAGGAUCUUAAUGCUUCAUUGAUUCUCAGUUCAUAGGAUUUUUAAGUAUUCUUAACUUGUGCCUUCACUCUAGGAGUCUGUGGAAUUAGGUUUUGAGAUCCUGGAAAGGAACUAAGAUUGUGGAACUUUCAGGUCUGCGUUGAGCCUUUAACAUUAUAAUUUGAAUGUCUUUUUUUAACAAAUUUCUUUAAAUAUUUAAGAUGACCUGGUAAAUAAACUUGAAUAUUUUAGCAUUAAAUAAUUUAUGUGAGCAUAUUUGUGUACAGUGUUACUUCCCAGAGGGUCAGAUUUACAUGUCAUGUUCUGGUUCUCCUGUGAUGCUUAGAAGACUGUCAGGAUCAGCCAGCCUUUACUUGGCAUGUUUUGCAUUGUGAACAUUUGUGUACCUCUUACAAGCACAAUCACCCUUUAUCAUUAGAAAUUUCAUUUUUUUAAUUUACACUUUGCCUGGCAGUUUCUUAAUAUGCGUUUUAAGGAAGUAUUUUAAUAGUGUUGACUCAUGUAGUAGUAGUUAGGCCUCAAAUAAAUCAAAAGUUCUAAUUAAGUAAAAUACUUUUGUCCAAUUCAUAUAUCUUCAUUUUCAGAGAAAUACUUUUAUAGAAAUAAAGAAUCUUAAAAAUCAAA